AUGUCCGCUGCCAGAGACAUCGCCGGGGGGCUUGCCAACGCCUUCUCCAACCAGCUGAGCCUGUCGGUAUCGCCGACGUCGACCUUCCACUCUCCCAGCUCGUCGUUCGGCCCGCGCCACAUGGCCGCGCAGAAGGCCUCCAAGCAGCUGAAGCCCUUUAACACGGGCGACGUGCGCAUCCUCCUCCUCGAGAACGUCAACGAGACGGCGCAGGACAUCCUCAAGAAGCAGGGCUACCAGGUCGAGUUCCACAAGGCUUCGCUGCCCGAGGAGGAAUUGAUCGAAAAAAUUCGCGACGUCCACGCUAUCGGAAUCCGGUCCAAGACCAAGCUCUCUGAGCGUGUCCUGGCCGAGGCCAAGAACCUCAUCGUGAUCGGCUGUUUCUGCAUUGGCACCAACCAGGUCGACCUCGACUAUGCGGCGAAGCACGGAAUCACCGUGUUCAACUCGCCCUUCAGCAACUCGCGGUCCGUCGCCGAGCUGGUUAUCGGCGAGAUCAUCUGUCUGGCGCGCCAGGUCGGUGACCGGUCCAUGGAGAUGCACAAUGGCACCUGGAACAAGGUGUCCGCAAAGUGCUGGGAGAUCCGCGGCAAGACCCUGGGCAUAAUCGGCUACGGACACAUCGGCUCGCAGCUCUCGGUGCUGGCCGAGUCCAUGGGCAUGAGCGUCGUCUACUACGACGUCGUCCCGCUCAUGGCUCUGGGCACUUCGAAGCAGGUCUCGUCGCUCAAGGAGCUCCUGCAGGUCUCCGACUUCGUCACGCUCCACGUCCCCGAGAUCGCCGAGACAAAGAACAUGAUCGGAGAGGAGCAGCUCGGCCAGAUGAAGCAGGGCAGCUACCUGAUCAACGCUAGCCGCGGAACAAUCGUGGACAUUCCCGCGCUGGUCAACGCCAUGCGCUCCGGCCGCAUCGCCGGCGCCGCCCUCGACGUGUACCCGUCCGAGCCCGCCGCCAACGGCGACUACUUCAACUCCUCGCUUAACAGCUGGGCGGACGACCUACGCACACUCAAGAACCUGAUCAUGACGCCUCACAUCGGCGGCAGCACUGAAGAAGCGCAGCGGGCGAUCGGCAUCGAAGUAGCCGAGGCGCUGGUCCGCUACAUCAACAGCGGCAGCACCAUCGGCGCCGUCAACAUGCCGGAGGUAUCGCUGCGUUCCCUCACCUCCGCCGAGGAAAACCACGUCCGUGUCAUCUUCAUCCACGCGAACCGCCCCGGCGUCCUCAGACAGGUUAAUAGCAUCUUUGGUGACCAUAAUGUCGUAAAGCAAAUGAGCGACUCUCGUGGUGACGUUGCGUACCUCAUGGCUGAUAUCUCGGAUGUCAACCUGGGCGAUAUCAAGGGCCUCUAUGAGAGCUUGGAGAGUCUGAGCUCCAAGAUCUUGACAAGAGUUCUGUACUAG